AUGCUUCAAGUUCCGAUCCGAGAAAAGACGGGUGGUAGUGGUAAGGGCACGAAGGCCGUUAUUCUGGUCGGUGGUCCUUCACGAGGAACCAGGUUCCGCCCUCUAUCGCUCGAUGUCCCAAAGCCACUCUUCGACGUUGCCGGCCAUCCCAUCGUCUGGCACUGUCUGACUGCCAUUGCCAAAGUGCCCGAGAUCCAAGAGGUUUGCAUGAUCGGCUACUACGACGAAUCUGUCUUCAAAGACUUCAUCAAGGAAGCGGCCUCCGAAUUCCCUAACCUUCCCAUAAAAUACCUUCGAGAAUAUCAAGCCUUAGGUACCGCAGGUGGCCUGUACCACUUCCGAGAUGCUAUCCUCAAGGGCCGACCUGAGCGCAUCUUUGUCCUCAACUCUGAUGUGUGCUGCUCUUUCCCCCUCAACGAGAUGGCCAAACUAUUCGACGAUAAAGAUGCAGAAGCCGUAAUUUUGGGUACUCGAGUAGGCGAGGAUGCUGCCACCAAUUUCGGAUGCAUUGUGUCGGAUUCGCACUCUCGUCGUGUUCUGCAUUAUGUUGAGAAGCCAGAGAGCCAUAUAUCGAAUCUGAUCAACUGCGGUGUAUAUCUCUUCAGCGUCGACGCCAUUUUCCCGAGCAUUAAGACCGCUAUUAAGCGAAGAACCGACCGACCUCGACUGGUGUCUUAUCCCUCUUCUGAAAACUUGGAGUCAAGUUUCAUGGCAGACGACGACGAAGAGCGCAAGAAUGAGGUUAUACGCCUGGAACAGGAUAUUCUGAGUGAUCUCGCAGACAGCAAGCAGUUCUUUGUGUACGAAACUAAGGACUUUUGGCGUCAAAUCAAGACAGCUGGCUCCGCCGUCCCAGCUAAUGCACUAUACCUACAGCAAGCCUACCAGACAGGAUCUACCGAGCUUGCUAAGCCCUCUCCUAACGUGAUACCCCCCGUGUUCAUUCACCCUUCUGCACAUGUCGAUCCUACCGCCAAACUUGGCCCUAACGUGUCCAUUGGACCCCGGGCAACAGUCGGUCCUGGCGCCAGAGUUAAGGAGUCUAUUGUUCUGGAGGACGCAGAAAUCAAGCACGAUGCUUGUGUGCUGUACUCCAUUGUAGGCUGGAACAGCCGAGUGGGCGCCUGGGCGCGUGUCGAAGGCACGCCUACACCUGUCACAAGCCAUUCGACCAGCAUUGUGAAGAAUGGUGUUAAGGUCCAGAGCAUCACCAUCCUAGGCAAGGAAUGUGGAGUUGGAGACGAGGUCCGCGUGCAGAACUGUGUCUGCUUGCCAUUCAAGGAAUUGAAGAGGGAUGUCGCUAAUGAAGUCAUCAUGUAA